AUGAAUACACCAUUUGAAUCACGAACACUCGUUAAUGGCGGUCUGCUUAAGCAGUUUACGGGCCAGUCGGUGAGCAUAAUGGUGCGUGUGGAAAGCGUGGCGGGCACAAAUUUGAUGGCGAGCAGCACCGAUAAUCACAAGUUGCGCAUUAGUUUGCCGAGCGAAUUGAGUGCGGCACAAGGCGCCUGGGUGGAGGUGAUUGGUGUCUCCAGCAGCGGUGACACCAUACGCGCCAAGGAGGUUAUUGAAUUUGGCGGCGAGAAUAUCGAUUUCGAUGUGGACAGCUACAAUGCUAUGACGCAGCUGCUCAACAAUGUGAAACUCUUCUAUCGCUAUGGCUAAGCAACAAAACUAGGCUAGAUAUUACUAUAAACACACUUGUUGCUCUUUUCAUCUUUUGUAUUUCCCAUGUAUAAACAAGAAUAAAUGUAUCAUUCAAUAAUAGCAAAA